UUAUUUCUGAAUUAACUACAUGCUGUAUUAUAAAUGGCUAGGCCAAUAGCACAAAUAUAUUACUUUCUAUGAAAAUAUGUAUCAAGAUAUCAUUAUGCUUAAAUCAAUAUCUGUAAAAAAUAAAGUAGAUUUUAUUUGUAAAUUCGGCUUGCCCUUGAAUAAUAUUAUCAUAGUAAUCAGUAUCGCUUAGCAGUUCAGCGGUGACUGUACAACUACAGCAAGCAAUACAUAAAUAAGAGAUGGCUACAAUUGCAUUAAACAAAUCAACUGAGGCCGUUAAAUUGGUCAGAGGCGCCAAGAAAGCAGCAGUUAGAUAUUUUACUACUCAGCUCACAGAAAAGCAAUUGGAAAUCCAGAAGACAGUUAAAUUUUUUACCAACGAGCAACUUAAACCUUAUGCAGCCAAACUAGAUAGAGAGGGAAGAUAUCCUUUCAAAGAGAUAAAGAAACUGGCCGACAUUGGAUUUAUGGGAGCAUGUGUCGAUCCAGAAUAUGGAGGUUUGGGAUACGACUAUCUUUCAUUGGCACUCGCUGUUGAAGAAUUAUCCCGAGGGUGUGCCAGCACAGGCAUGCUUCUCUCCAUACACAACUUCCUAUACGCUAAUCUGGUGAACGAGAAGGGUACACAGGAACAGAAGGAAAUGUUCUUAAGGAAUUUUACCCAGGGAUGUAUUGGUUGCUUCGCGUUAAGUGAGCCUGAUGCCGGUAGUGACGUAGCAAAUAUCGGUACAACGGCAACAAAAAAUGGUGACCAUUGGAUUAUUAAUGGAAAGAAAAGCUGGGUGACAUCAGCUAUUGAAGGCUCAGCCACUGUUGUGUUCGCGACUUUUGACCCAGCGCUGAGACAUAAAGGAAUUGUUUGUUUUCUAGUUCCACUGGACUAUGAGGGUGUCUUUCGCGGUAAGAAGGAAGAGAUGAUGGGAGUAAGCACAACCCACAGGGCGGCAACAGCUUGCACCGUAACCCUAGAGGAUGUCCGUGUGCCUAACAGCUUCGUGGUCGGUCAACCAGGGGAAGGUUUUAAGAUCGCCAUGGGACAGCUUGACCAAGCUAGGAUUGGUAUUGCUGCGCAUGCUGUAGGCAUAUCUCAGGCGGCUUUAGAUACUGCAAUAAGCUAUGCUAAACAGAGAGUUGCAUUUGGAAAAAGUUUAUCAAGACUACCCUCAGUUCAAGACCGACUAACAGAAAUGUCAGUUAUGGUUGAAACGUCGCGCCUUCUUACGUAUCGAGCGGCGACUCAGGUUACGACAAAAAAUAGUGCGAUGGCAAAGUAUGUGGCUGGACGUAACGCGGCCGCAGUGGCUGAUCACUGCGUACAGAUAAUGGGAGGGAAUGGUUUGUCCACUAAAUAUAACGCUGAGAGACAUUAUAGAGACGCAAGAGGAACGCAAAUCUACGGCGGAGUUACGGACAUACAGAAACGUUUAGUCGGACAUUUCCUACUCAAAGAGAAUGACGCUUUGUGAUACAAACAUAUAAAAAACUAUAAAUAUUACAAUACAUAUAUAUAAAUUAAAUUAUGAACUUAAGGUCACAAAUACAAAAUUGUCACUACAUGAAAAACACAAUAUGUGCAUUUAAAUACCAAGUCGUUUAAAGUUUUAUUUAAAAUGUGUGUUACAAAACAGGAAAUAUACAGAGUAACAUAUCGCAAUAUAUUAUAUAGAAAAAUAUAUUUUCAGUGGAUUUUUUAUAUUUAAUAAUUUUAAGGCUGAAAAGCAUUUAUAAUAGGUGCAAGUGUACGUAUAUGGCGUUCCAUAUAUCCGAUUUUAGUAAGUCACAGAUUAUUAUCGUGUCAAGUAUAUACGUCAAUAUGAUAAACUGACAGCUCACAGAUUAUAUCUAGUAACACAGAACGAUGUUUGUUUUUGAUUUCAUUUAUUCCAAGUACAAUUACGGAGUGCUAUUCAAGUUUAUCAUACAAGUAUUGUUACUCUAUUAGUUAUGCACAACGGACCUAAUGAGCGUCUAAGCGAGUCUACCAUACAAUACUUUAUUAGUUUUAUUGCGCUCGGAUAAUUUUAGAAUCAUGUAAUUCACCCUGAAUCGCACAAUUUUUUUUAUUAAAGUUGCAUAUAGUAUAACAUAAACAUAUUAUUGUAUAAUAAAUUAAAGGUUAAAAGAAAAUAUUACAAGUUAAUUAUAAGUACAAAUAUUUUAAAGUUUUAUCAGCGCCUAAGGAAAUAUUAACUAACGCGUAUUAAAUUUUUGUCUUGUACAUUACGUGAAAUCGUUAAAGACACUUUUUUACUAUUACGUGUUUUUGUACCAAGUCAGUCUAUAACAUAAAGUUAAAAAAAUGUUGUUAAAAAGUAUUUACCUCAGCAAGUAUAUUUUCUAUAGUCUAUGCUGUAUAAUGUUACGAAUUUUUAGGGUUAUUUAAUGGUAUAACUAAAUUUAAUGUAUGCAGGGCUUAUUCUUCAAAUAUUAUGUAGUACUAAUAUGGCUCGUUUGAUUUUAAAUAUACUCGAAAUUGUUAUUUUUGUAUGUUGUUGACAUAUUAAAGUUUAUUUUUA